AUGACAUCCCUAACUCCUCCUAUCGUCCCUGGUCAAUUUGAUGAUGCUGAAGAAGGAAACGAACCGACAAAUCGAGAGGGCCAGGCCUAUAUCGAUACCUAUGAUCCUGCAACAGAAGCCCAUGUUUUGGAUUGGCCAGAUACAGAGGACGAAGAUGAAAUCGACGACGAGGACGAUGAAUAUUACGAUAACAGGGUAGAGGACGAGGAUUGGGAAAACGCAGAACGGGAUUUUACAAAACAGUAUAAUCGUCUACGCCAACACACAGCUGUGCGCACAGGCAAUGCCCAAGGUGUCUCCUCUGCUUUCAACAGGUCUGAAGCUGUUGCUUUACUACCUCCUGUCAACCAUCCCAAGACAUCUACUGUAUCUUCCUCUAACCUAUCCUCAAAGGUGGCUGGUGGCACUGCGAAGGACCGUACCAACGAUCAAUUAGCCGCGCUCGCCAAAUACAACUCGCGCCUUGCUAAAAUCGAUGUCCCAUAUGUGAUGGGUGUGGGAGUGAAUAGAAAAGGACCCAGUGCUCAUGCUAACCUUAAGGACAAGAGCGAUCGCGCUACGAAUGAGCAGGUUCUCGAUCCUCGUACACGUCUGAUCUUAUUCAAGAUGAUUGGGAGAGGAUUAAUCGAUGAAGUAAAUGGUUGUGUUAGUACCGGAAAAGAGGCCAAUGUUUAUCACGCCUUGACACCCGAAAAGACACAUUUAGCGCUCAAGAUUUAUAAAACAUCAAUUUUGGUCUUUAAAGACCGUGACAAAUAUGUCACUGGCGAAUUCCGUUUUCGCAAGGGAUACAGUCGCAAUCCUCGUAAAAUGGUGCGGAUGUGGGCCGAAAAAGAAAUGCGUAAUCUAAAGCGGCUGGUGGCCGCUGGUAUUCGUGCUCCUGACCCAGUCGAAGUUCGUGAAAACGUCUUAGUGAUGACCUUUGUGGGCGAUAAAGAUGGCUGGGCAUCACCACGUAUGAAAGACGCCUCCCUCCCCCCAGAAAACGUAGGACAGCUAUACGAGGAACUCGUGCUCGUUGUGCGCCGUAUGUUCCACGUUUGCAAACUUGUUCAUGCCGAUCUUUCAGAAUACAACAUCAUGUAUCACGAAGGACAUCUCUGGAUCAUCGAUGUUUCUCAAAGUGUAGAACAUGACCAUCCAUCCGCCUUUGAUUUCUUGCGUAACGAUAUCAAGAAUGUCGAGGAUUUCUUCGGAAGACUAGGCGUGACAUGCCUCGGUCUGAGGAGAUGUUUCGAAUUUGUUACCAAGGAGAAAUUGACGGAAGAAGAGGGCGUCAGCGAUGAAGAGGUUUUGAAAAAAUUGCUGGCUGAAAGGGCGGAGGACCAAGACGCAGAAACCGAGGACCGUGCUGGAGAAGACGGUGAAUCAGGCUUUAAUGACGUUUCAACAUCUCAAAAAACCAAAUCGGAAGACACUGCGCAUGAAGACGCUGUGUUCUUACAAUCGUUCAUCCCGCGAACGCUGAACGAGGUAUACGACCCUGAACGUGACGUCGAAAAGUAUAAAAGGGGAGAUGGCCUGAUAUAUGCUGACACAAUCGGUCUGGUAUCAUCCUCGGACAAGAAAGAAGAAAUCUCCGGUGGGGGGAUUGGCAGUAACAGUAAACCUAAGGCACCCAAGACAUCUGUCAACGAUUCUGAUGCGGCUCCGAUAUCUUCAGUUAGAUUUGAUGCCGGUGAGGGUCAAGACGUCAAGAACCAAGAUACAGUGGACGAAAGUAGCAGUGAGGACGAAGACGAUGAAGACGAGGAUGAAGACGGAGGAGAAAAUGGUGAAAAGGUGUUUGUGGAAAAGAAACCUCGAGGUCACAGACAUGAGGACAAAGAGGCCAAAAAGGAGCGUAAAAAGCAAGUGAAGGCCGAAGCUAAAGAGAAGCGAAAGCACAAAAUGCCAAAGGCAGAAAAAAAGCGCAUCGUACGCAAGACGAAGAGCUGA